ACAAGCGCCAACACGCUGUGCCAUGCCACCUGCAUGCCAUGGCUCCCGAGUUCUCGUCAACUCCGCAAUUGCGCUCUGAUGUGUGCGCCUGCGUGUCCAAGCCGCCGCCACCCGCUGGCCCUGAGCUGGCACCCAUCACUCGCAGCAGGCAGGCUGCGUCGCCACCAGGGGAGACCUCUCCCCUGGUCGUCACGCUCUCCGACGCUGCUGUGCAGGCCCUUGCCCGCCAUGUGACCCAGAGCACCCGCAGGCGGCCGGCGGGGAGGAAACAGCGGCGCGGCGCGGCGGCACGGCGGCGCUGGGCCCAGACGGCCAGCCCCUGCUGGCCCCACCUGCCGUGUUCGGCUGUUGGUUGGUUCUGAUGUGGGUAUCCGUAGGCAUGUACCCUUCGGUUAGAAAUUUGUAAGAAACACUUAGCGCUGCCUUGAAAGCCGCAAAAGCUGGGUUCAUGGCUGUACGUGUGGAGUCUGCGAGGCUGUACGUGUGGUAAUUGUAGGCAAAAACGUGUGUGGUACCCUUGUGUGUACGUGUGUGAAGUCGACACGGUACGAAGGGUGUUUACAGGUACUUGUAGUUAUUGUGAGGCGGUAUGUAAGGGUGUUUACAGGGUAGCUAGCUAUUGGGGAGGGGAUAGUCGGUUAGGUCCAACGAGGGGAGGCGGGGGAGGCCAAGGCAGGAUGCGAGGAGGGUUCGGAGCAAAGCCAUCAUCGAAGACAACAUGCAUGUGUGCACCAAGAUGUUGGGCGACGGUUGAUGGCCGUGUGAAUUUGGGAGCUGCACUGAUUUAGCGGCAUCAUGAGCCGUCAAAUGUGGCAGUGCGUGGCCAUUCUGGCUGUUGUAAAUUACGUAUGUC